CCCACCACAGCCUCUGGAACCUCCGUCAGAUUUAGGGGAAAGAACCAGUUUUCAGAGAGACUGCCUCAGACCACACUAUCUCCACUCACCCAGCCCUGUGGCAGAUUCACGAUCAUGUUUUCCAUUGGGGAAGGAACUAUAGCUGCUGGAAAAAGGAAGGUAUGUCUUCUCUCCUUGCUGCUCAUCAGCCUCUGGGGCUGUGCAACCUGUCAUGGGGGCCUUGUGGAGGACAUCUGCACAGCUAAGCCUCGGGACAUUCCUGUGAAUCCCAUGUGCAUUUACCGCUCUCCAGAGAAGAAGGCAGCUGAGGAUGAAGGCUCAGAGCAGAAGAUCCCGGAGGCCACCAAUCGGCGGGUCUGGGAAUUGUCCAAGGCCAACUCCCGCUUUGCCACCACCUUCUAUCAGCACCUGGCAGACUCCAAAGAUGACAAUGACAACAUUUUCCUGUCACCUCUGAGUAUCUCCACAGCUUUUGCCAUGACCAAGCUGGGUGCCUGUGACAACACCCUCAAGCAGCUGAUGGAGGUCUUUAAGUUCAAUACCAUCUCUGAGAAGACAUCUGAUCAGAUCCACUUCUUCUUUGCCAAACUGAAUUGCCGACUCUAUCGAAAAGCCAACAAAUCCUCUGAGUUGAUAUCAGCCAACCGCCUUUUUGGAGACAAAUCCCUUACCUUCAAUGAGACCUACCAGGACAUCAGUGAGGUAGUAUAUGGAGCCAAGCUCCAGCCCCUUGACUUCAAGGAAAAUGCAGAGCAGUCCCGAGUGACCAUCAACAACUGGGUGGCCAAUAAGACUGAAGGGCGUAUCACAGAUGUCAUUCCCCAAGAAGCCAUCAAUGAGCUCACUGUCAUGGUGCUGGUUAACACCAUUUACUUCAAGGGCCUGUGGAAGUCAAAGUUCAGCCCUGAGAACACAAGGAAGGAAUUGUUUUACAAGGCUGAUGGGGAGACGUGUUCAGCAUCUAUGAUGUACCAGGAAGGCAAAUUCCGCUACCGGCGUGUGGCAGGAGGCACCCAGGUGCUCGAGUUGCCCUUCAAGGGUGAUGACAUCACCAUGGUGCUUAUCCUGCCCAAACCUGAAAAGAGCCUGACAAAGGUGGAGCAGGAGCUCACCCCAGAGUUGAUGCAGGAGUGGCUGGAUGAGCUAACAGAGACGCUGUUGGCGGCUCACAUGCCUCGCUUCCGCAUUGAAGACAGCUUCAGUGUGAAGGAGCAACUUCAGGACAUGGGCCUCGUGGACCUGUUCAGCCCUGAAAAGGCUAAGCUCCCAGGUAUCGUUGCAGGAGGCCGGAAGGACCUCUAUGUCUCAGAUGCAUUCCAUAAGGCAUUUCUUGAGGUAAACGAGGAAGGCAGUGAAGCUGCAGCAAGUACCGUAGUCGGGAUCGCCGGCCGUUCGCUGAACCCCAACAGGGUGACCUUCAAGGCCAACAAGCCCUUCCUGGUUCUGAUAAGGGAAGUUGCUCUGAACACUAUUAUCUUCAUGGGUCGAGUAGCUAACCCUUGCGUUAACUAAAGUGUUCUUAUUCUUUGUAUCUCGUCCUAUUUUGGUUUGUGAAUAGAAGUAAAAAUAAAUACAACUACUCCCAUCUCACAAUUAUGAAUGGACACUGUCACCUGAAACAGACAACGAAAGGAGAAAAGGAUAGUGAUUUGGUAAAGUGAUGCUUUCAAUUGAUCUCUACGCAGUGAAAACAUCUGGAUCAAGUCAAAAUGGAGGGGGAUAUGUCACUGCUUCAUCUUCACAGACCUUAGGCAUCUGAAAGGACAGGGGGUAGCUUGAAUCCUCAGCAUACCCAUCAUACUAAAAGAAUCCAAAAAGUUUCAACAAAUUAAUAUCUAUGUAUAGAAAAGCGAUUCAAAUUUGAGUAUUAAACCAUUUAAUUCUCAAACCA